AUGUCAGUGAAGGGAUUUGUGUUCAAGACAGCCAAAGCGCAGAACAAGCCGGCCAGCAAGUUCCGCAACUUUAUCGAGCGUAGCAGCAACGCUGUUUUUCCUGCUGGUACUGCCAUGUAUCUGAAAGGACUGGACGACAUCAUUGGGCUGUCUGUAGUGCACCCGUUGAUGCAGCGCACGCGGCCGGAUGACAAGGAUGACACCCACUCUGGGUGGACGUUUGUGGACCCUGCCACUACACCUUUCCUUACAGGCCCAACAGGCCACGGAUCGUACUCGUUUGAGGGCUGCACCUCCGACUCUGUAAACAAUGCACGCUUUAUCCGUGAUCUCUAUGAAAAGUGUACGACCGAGAAAACAGCCUACUCGGUGCCGUUACUGUGGGACAAGAAGAAGAACACCAUCGUGUCGAACGAUUCCGCAGACAUCGUGCGAAUGUUUAACAGCGCGUUCGCUGAUCUGGUGCUCGAUCUGUACCCCCAAGAGCUCCGUUCAGAGAUCGAUGAGAUCAAUGAAUGGAUCUACAACGACGUGGGCCAUGGCGUCUAUAAGUGCGGCUUUGCCGGAACGCAGGAACUCUACGACGCUGCGGUCGAGAAGGUAUUCGCAGGUCUUGACCGUGCCGAGAAAAUCCUGUCUGAGUACCGGUUUUUGGUCGGCGAUCGGUUCACCGAAGCGGAUUUGAAGCUUUUCCCGACUCUUGUGCGGUUCGACGAGGUCUAUGUCGUGCAUUUCAAGGCCAACAAGAAACUCAUCCAGCAGUAUCCGAACCUCAGCAACUACGUUCGCGAAAUUUACCAGUUUCCCCGUAUGGCGAAGACCGUGGUUAUGCCUCACAUCGCCAUGCAUUACUAUGGCUCGCAUACGCACCUGAACCCGUUCGGAAUCGUCCUGGCGGGUCCGAACGUCGACUUUACCCGUCCUCAUGAUCGCGACCGCUUCACGAACGCCGUCGUGCCUACUUUCGAGUAA